UUCAUUAAGUAUUAUGUAGGUCAGGCUUGUCUUAAACCGAUUUUCCUGAACCUGUGUCAGAUUAAGCUGAAGGAAUUUUAAUAAACCCUCCCUUGUAGGCGUGGGCCUAAGCGAGACUAACCUAGUUAAGCCUGAUUUUUUUUUUUUUCCUUCUGUCUGUGGGGGAAAAGAGCUGCACAGAGCUCCAGGCUGAAUGUUGGUUUCAGGAGCUGAUUGCUAAUAAAAGGACAACAGAAAAUGGUUGGGAAGGCACGGUCAUCUAAUUUCACAGUGUUUGAAAAGCUUGAUUUGCUUGAGCUGGUGAAGCCAUACAUUGGGGUUUUGGAGGAGCACACCAACAAACAUUCUGUUAUCAUUGAGAAAAACAACUGCUGGGAGAUCAUAGCGGAAAAGUACAACGCAAUAGGAGCAGGCAGGCCUCCGCGGACUUCGCAAGGCCUGCGCACCUUGUACAAGAGGCUAAAGGAGUAUGGCAAGCAGGAGCUCUUUCAGUGCAAGACCUCACAGGCGGGCUACCAAAACACUGUAUCAGAGGCCACAAAAAAACUUGUGGAGAUAAUUCCCCAGUUUGGAAAUGUGUGCUACGCAAGGGACCUUAACGGCGGCAUAUCUAGUGAAACCGUUUGCUCAGAGACAGACCCUAACCUUAGCUCUCAACACCUACAAUUGCAAGAUCAGCUGGCAUCUGUCACAGUGCAACUGGAGCAAGAAGAGGAUGUCAAACCUCCACCAUUGUUACUCCUAAAUCCACCACCUAUUGCUCUUCAAGAAGAUUCAGAGGAUGCCGAGUUUGAACAUGAUCUAGAAAGGUCAUUAUCUCCUUCAGUGUCUUCUGUGGACGUUAGACUAUCUCUGUCUCCUCCGCUUCCUAGGAUAGAGGAAUGCUAUAGCCGUACAGAUGAACGUUUAAGAUCAACCUGUCGAUACAAUCCUGAAACUUUGCAAAUGGUAAAGAAGGAGCACGAGAUAAUCUUGAGUAAUCAAAGACAAUAUGGACUUUACAUCAAGGAGAAAAGGGAAGGUUUGAAAAGACGACAGCACUUGGAAGAGGAACUGCUAAAGGCCAAGAUUAAAGUGGAAAAACUUAAGGCAAUUAAGUUACGCCGUGAUCUACCGGAGUACAGUAAUCUGUAAAAAUAAAAAAUGUGUUUUUAAAGUUUAUUUAAAAUAUAUAUUCAGUUGGACUGUUUGAAAGCGGUGGGGUUUCUAUUUACAAGGAACAUAACUUGAAAAUUGACCAGAAAGGAAUGUAUAAGUUUAAUUUUUUUUUUAAUUUUGUU